AUGCCUGCUCUUACAAAGGAUAAAUUUGUUAAACAUAUUCAAACACCAGCUCGUAUUCAUCCAAGAUCUUUGGGUACUAAUGAUAUUAAACGACUUGGUCCUAGUCGAAGAAUAGGCGUAAAACGUACACAAACACAAGCAAUUCAAACUGAAACUGUACUUGCUUGUCUUAUUCUAAAUAAUACAUACAAACAAAUAGAUGAAGGAACACAAACUAAUGAUGACAUUAAUAAUGAUCAACAACAUUCAGUUAGCGGCAUUGCCUCACGUUUAAUGAAAUAUUUGGGUGGAAAGAUCGUCGCAUUGAUGGAAUUAUUUAAUAAUCUGAAAUAA